GAGUUUGUGAUGCAUUAAAUGCAGGUCACUCAUGGAUCAACCGUAAGUACGGUAAUGAGUAUAGAUAGUUUACGUACGGUGUGUGAUUUCAAGUGACAAUAGCCAGUAGCAAUGCAGCACAUGGCAACACUUAUAGAAUCUCCCCGUCGCCUGAUGAUAAGACUAACUUCUUCUAGGGCUCGGGCUGCGUGUUUCAAUCCAAAUUUCCUUCAAAAAGACUUGUCCUUUCCACCAUCGCCCACCAAACGGUGAAAUAUUGACGCCCACGCACUCCACAAUAACACAAAACGCCAUAUGGUUUUACUGCACACACAGCAGACGAUCAAGUAUUUUCGAGUUGCACCAGCUGCUGUUUGGGCACUCGAUUAUUGUCUGACCCUUGAACAUGAAGUCCGUCUAUUUAGCAAGAUGGGUCGUUGGAACAUUACGACUGUCAUGUUCAUCGUAGCUAGAUAUGUUCCGAUAGUGUGGAUUAUCAGCGAAAUAUACGUCACUCUUGGGCCACAAUCACUACAAAUGUGCUUGACUACAUACCGGACUGCUGGAGUGUCCUUGCUUCUCAUCAUGUUAGCUGCUGAAGGCCUGCUUCUCAUGCGUACACUUGCCUUAUGGCACGACAAUAGAAAGAUAAGGCGAUUGUUAUCGGCAAUUUACUUGGUUACAGCUAUCUCCACGAUCACUUGCAUUGCCAAUUCAAUCACGGAUCAUCUGCUCGAAAGCGCAUGUGUGCCCACAACAGCUCCGAGUGAUUUAGAAAUUGUCACGAGACUGGAACGCCUGAUAAUGGGAGGGUUUGUCAGCAUGGCAUUUUUUGAGCUCACGGUGGCUGCCAUCACAGUGUAUCAUUCAAUGCAUUUACGCUCUGUCGACAUGCACAACCUCCGUAAAAUAGCCCCGACCUUAUCGAAGGGGAGUUUGGUAUAUGCGCUGUCACUUUUUGCAAUAUCUAUUGCAAACAUCGUUUCUUUUUCCUUGCCGGUCUCAAACGGGUAUAGUGGCAUCAUCGAUGUGUUUCAAGGUGUUCUUCAUGGUGUUAUAGCUUCACGAAUUCUUUUUGAUCUGCGCGAUGCAGACCAGAGGAACAAAGAUAUCUUCUGCCUUUCUGAUUUACAAUUUGAACCGCACAGGAUAUCUACGGCUACCUCAGGCAAUGUAUGAAUCAUAUAUGUACGUCCAAUCGUAAGAUUCAAGC